CACACACACGGGGUCUCCAAGGCAGGCAAGGCGGCCGUGGUCGCGUCUUUGGCAGCAGCUCCUCCAAGCAAAGUGUGACAGUGGAAGAACAUUGCGGGAGCAAGUUAACAACUGAAUUCCGGUGGCAAUUCAGAAGGUCUCUCCAGAGAAUCAAAUUCUGUGUUUGACCAAGUGGACAUCAGUCUUCAUUGGUGGAGAGCUGCCUGGUCUUGAAUAUCACCAUGGCCAAGCCUUAUGAAUUCAACUGGCAGAAGGAAGUCCCUUCCUUUUUGCAAGAAGGAGCAGUUUUUGACAGAUAUGAAGAGGAAUCCUUCGUGUUUGAACCUAACUGCCUCUUCAAGGUGGAUGAAUUUGGUUUCUUUUUGACCUGGAAAAGUGAAGGCAAGGAAGGACAAAUGUUGGAAUGUUCCCUCAUCAACAGCAUUCGGCUGGGAGCUGUACCAAAGGAUCCCAAAAUCCUGGCUGCGCUUGAAGCUGUUGGAAAAUCCGAAAAUGAUCUGGAAGGGCGGAUAGUGUGUGUCUGCAGUGGUACAGAUCUGGUGAACAUUAGUUUCACCUACAUGGUGGCUGAAAAUCCAGAAGUAACUAAGCAAUGGGUAGAAGGCCUGAGAUCAAUCAUACAUAACUUCAGGGCAAAUAACGUCAGCCCUAUGACAUGCCUCAAGAAACACUGGAUGAAAUUGGCAUUUAUGACCAAUACAACUGGAAAAAUUCCAGUUAGGAGUAUUACUAGAACCUUUGCAUCGGGGAAAACAGAAAAAGUGAUAUUCCAAGCACUCAAGGAAUUGGGUCUUCCCAGUGGAAAGAACGAUGAAAUCGAGCCUGCUGCUUUUACUUAUGAAAAGUUUUAUGAACUGACACAAAAGAUUUGUCCUCGCACAGAUAUAGAAGAUCUUUUUAAAAAAAUCAAUGGAGACAAAACUGAUUAUUUAACGGUAGACCAAUUAGUGAGCUUUCUAAAUGAACAUCAACGAGAUCCUCGACUGAAUGAAAUUUUAUUCCCAUUUUAUGAUGUUAAAAGGGCAAUGCAGAUCAUCGAGAUGUAUGAACCUGAUGAAGAUUUAAAGAAAAAAGGCCUCAUAUCAAGUGAUGGAUUUUGCAGAUACUUGAUGUCAGAUGAAAAUGCCCCAGUCUUCUUAGAUCGUUUAGAACUUUACCAAGAAAUGGACCACCCUCUGGCUCAUUACUUCAUCAGUUCUUCCCAUAACACCUAUCUUACUGGCCGGCAGUUCGGUGGGAAGUCUUCUGUAGAAAUGUACAGACAAAUUCUCCUGGCUGGUUGCAGGUGUGUUGAACUUGACUGUUGGGAUGGAAAAGGUGAAGAUCAAGAACCCAUAAUAACCCAUGGGAAAGCAAUGUGUACAGAUAUCCUUUUUAAGGAUGUAAUCCAAGCUAUCAAGGAAACAGCAUUUGUCACAUCGGAAUAUCCUGUGAUUCUCUCCUUUGAAAAUCAUUGCAGCAAAUAUCAACAGUACAAGAUGUCCAAAUAUUGCGAAGAUCUAUUUGGGGAUCUCCUGUUGAAACAAGCCCUUGAAUCACAUCCACUUGAACCAGGCCGGCCCUUGCCAUCUCCCAACGACCUCAAAAGAAAAAUACUCAUCAAAAAUAAACGGCUGAAACCUGAAGUUGAGAAAAAACAGCUGGAAGCUUUGAAAAGCAUGAUGGAAGCCGGAGAGUCUGCAGCCCCGGCUAGUAUCUUAGAGGAUGAUAAUGAAGAGGAAAUAGAAAGUGCUGACCAAGAAGAGGAAGCUCACCCUGAAUUCAAAUUUGGAAGUGAACUUUCUGCUGAUGACUUGGGUCACAAGGAAGCUGUUGCAAACAGCGUCAAGAAGACCUCAGAUGACCUUGAACAUGAAAACAACAAAAAGGGCCUGGUUACAGUAGAAGAUGAGCAGGCAUGGAUGGCAUCUUAUAAAUACGUAGGUGCUACCACAAAUAUCCAUCCCUAUUUGUCCACAAUGAUCAACUACGCACAACCUGUAAAGUUUCAAGGUUUCCAUGUGGCUGAAGAACGCAACAUUCAUUAUAACAUGUCUUCUUUUAAUGAGUCCGUUGGUCUUGGCUACUUGAAGACACAUGCAAUUGAAUUUGUAAAUUACAACAAACGGCAAAUGAGUCGCAUUUACCCCAAGGGAGGCCGAGUGGAUUCCAGUAAUUACAUGCCUCAGAUUUUCUGGAACGCUGGCUGCCAGAUGGUUUCACUGAACUAUCAAACCCCAGAUUUAGCGAUGCAAUUGAAUCAGGGAAAAUUUGAGUAUAAUGGAUCAUGUGGGUACCUUCUCAAACCAGAUUUCAUGAGGCGGCCUGAUAGGACAUUUGAUCCCUUCUCCGAAACCCCUGUGGAUGGGGUCAUUGCAGCCACUUGCUCAGUGCAGGUCAUAUCAGGGCAAUUCUUAUCAGAUAAGAAAAUUGGCACGUAUGUAGAAGUGGAUAUGUAUGGGCUGCCCACUGACACUAUACGGAAAGAAUUUCGAACUCGCAUGGUUAUGAACAAUGGACUCAAUCCAGUUUACAAUGAAGAAUCAUUUGUGUUUCGGAAGGUGAUCCUACCUGACCUGGCUGUUUUGAGAAUAGCAGUGUAUGAUGACAACAACAGGCUGAUUGGCCAGAGGAUCCUCCCUCUGGAUGGCCUCCAGGCAGGCUACCGACACAUUUCCCUUCGGAAUGAGGGAAACAAACCUUUAUCACUGCCAACAAUUUUUUGCAAUAUUGUUCUUAAAACAUACGUUCCUGAUGGAUUUGGAGAUAUUGUGGAUGCUUUAUCAGAUCCAAAGAAAUUUCUUUCAAUUACGGAAAAGAGAGCAGACCAAAUGAGAGCAAUGGGUAUUGAAACUAGUGACAUUGCCGAUGUGCCCAGUGACACUUCCAAGAAUGACAAGAAAGGAAAAGCUAACACCGCCAAAGCAAGUGUGACCCCUCAAAGUAGCUCCGAACUCAGACCAACAACUACAGCUGCCCUGGGCUCUGGACAGGAAGCUAAGAAAGGUAUUGAACUUAUCCCUCAAAUAAGGAUAGAAGAUUUGAAGCAAAUGAAGGCUUACUUGAAACAUUUAAAGAAACAACAGAAAGAAUUAAAUUCUUUAAAGAAGAAACAUGCAAAGGAGCAUAGUACCAUGCAGAAGUUGCAUUGCACACAAGUUGACAAAAUUGUGGCUCAGUAUGACAAAGAGAAGUCAACUCAUGAGAAAAUCUUAGAAAAAGCAAUGAAGAAGAAAGGGGGAAGUAAUUGUCUUGAAAUGAAGAAAGAAACAGAAAUUAAAAUUCAGACCCUGACAUCAGAUCACAAAUCUAAGGUCAAAGAGAUUGUAGCUCAGCACACAAAAGAGUGGUCAGAAAUGAUCAAUACCCACAGUGCAGAGGAGCAAGAGAUCCGGGACCUGCACCUUAACCAGCAGUGUGAAUUACUGAGAAAGCUGCUAAUCAAUGCUCAUGAGCAACAAACCCAGCAGCUUAAACUGUCCCAUGACAGAGAGAGCAAGGAAAUGCGAGCCCACCAGGCUAAGAUUUCUAUGGAAAACAGCAAAGCCAUCAGCCAAGAUAAAUCUAUCAAGAACAAAGCAGAACGGGAAAGGCGAGUCAGAGAAUUAAACAGCAGCAACACUAAAAAGUUUCUAGAAGAAAGAAAGAGACUCGCAAUGAAGCAGUCCAAAGAAAUGGAUCAGUUGAAAAAAGUCCAACUGGAACACCUAGAAUUUCUAGAGAAACAGAAUGAACAGCUUUUGAAAUCCUGUCAUGCAGUGUCCCAAACGCAAGGCGAAGGAGAUGCAGCAGAUGGUGAAAUUGGAAGCCGAGAUGGACCGCAGACCAGCAACAGUAGUGUGAAACUCCAAAGUUCGAAUUGAAACAGCAAAACCAGAAACCAUCAGAAGAUCACUCCCAACUUCCAAAUACAAAUUCCAAGGAAAAUAGCAGUUUUCUUGCUGUUUCUUUUUAUGUGUAGACAAGAAAUUACCUGAAACUGCAGAGACUUCAGAUGAUAUAUAUUCUCCUAUUUAACAGUUCAAAUAUUGAAUAUCCUUGGCCAACCAAAAGUAGCUAUGAAUCCACAAAAAUCUCCUUUUCCAGUCAGGCAGAGUUUAACCAUUGGUAAUACAACUUAAACAUGUUUUGCUAUAAGAUACCAUCACAAGUAAAUGAGCUUGGUGUUUACAACUCUGCUUUGUGAUACAUUAGAACAUGUUUGAGCUGCAGCAAAAAUAGUGCAUUAACAAUUAAAUAGCAAGCGCAUGCACUAGGAGAUAAAAUAAAAACUCUGUCCACAGAUUCGUCAGCAGAAGCAGUGGUCUACUAGAGAAAUGAUUUUGCAGAAUUUUUCUAUAUCUGAGUUACCUCAUCAGUAAGUGCCAUGUUUCUACCAUGCCAUAUGAAGCUAAUUUCCUGUAAGAGUUGUGGAAAUGACUAGAACAAUAGAAAAAAAUAACAGAAAAGUGUAUCUGUGCCAAAACUCAUCAGUGCUCAAAAUGGGGGAGUUCUGUUAGGUUCAUUUAAGAGAAGGCUUUCAUCUGACACUGCUUUAUAGGAAUUGCUUCUGCAGAGUCCAGAUUUUACAAUUCACUAUUGCACUGUACAGAUCAUGGAGUGGUUAUUGGCAAACGUUUGUAAAUGUGACCAUGUAUAAAGUAUUUAUACUUCUUAAUUCACACUGUUAUAGAGCAACAAUCAUCUAAGUAUUGUCACUUGACAAGAUUAGUAAACAGGACUACUAGAGUUACAUUUGCAUGAUACACAGCACCAUUUAAAGAUUAAUUGGUUCAGAGUAGUUAACCUAAUGACAAAUCAAUACUGAUUAAAUGUAUGGCACAGACUAUAAUUUGAUGAUCAAGACUUUUAGCAUAAUGAAAAAGUCUUUCUCUCUCUCUAUAUAUAUAUAUGUGUAUAUGAAUUAUGUGGGCAUUCUUGAUACUUCAAGUUCUAGUUUGAAAAAUAAAUACAUAAACUAAUUUAAUUUUACACAAAAUAUUUAUGCAGAUUUUCAGAAUUUCAUAUCAAGAAAUAACCUUUUUAUGUCUGUUAAAUAGCCAAACAAUUUGCUACAGUGUUCAUCUGCAUGGUCCUUGCGCCUUCUGUAGUUGUGUCGCAGGCAGUGCAUGAAGAAGUCCAACACUGGGGAGUGAGCCAUGCAGCCAAAGUCAGAAAGGAGUGCAUGGAGACCUGGUAGCCUAGAACUAAUCAGAUUACUGAUUUUAGGACACAAAACACCAACUGAAAGGUGGUGUAGGCUCGUACAAAUUGAUUCUAUGUGUUCCUCUGAAGUGAGCAGAGAAAAUGAUAAUACCAUCAAUACUGAAAUUCAACUUCCAACUUCUCUAAUAAAAAAAAUGAAAAUACAUUUAA